CUGUUUCUUCUAUGCGUAAUGUACCCUGGACAUGCUUGGUAAGAUACAUACUGUCAGCGUCUUUUACGCACGAGGAGGCCAAAGAUAAAAUUAUCUCACUCUUUAUUCUUCUUCUUCUCAGGGUGGCAAGUAACUUUCUUAUGACGGGACCUAAGGCGUAUCUCACCUAUGCGGGGAGUGUGCAGGUAGGCACACAGAAUGGGAUUGAAGAGUGCAAACACCAGUUUGCGUGGGAUAGAUGGAACUGUCCCGACAGUGCAACCCAGCAGAGAGGACUGAGGCGAGCCACUAGAGAGACUUCUUUCGUUCAUGCCAUCAGUGCAGCAGGGGUCAUGUACACUCUGACCAGGAACUGUAGUCUGGGAGAUCUCGACAACUGUGGCUGUGACGUUUCAAAAAAUGGAAAAAUUGGCGGUCGUGGGUGGUUAUGGGGCGGCUGCAGUGAUAACGUGGAUUUCGGGGAGAGAAUCUCCAAACAGUAUGUGGAUGCUCAGGAGACCGGGCAGGACUACAGGGCCGCUGUCAACUUGCAUAACAACGCAGCUGGACGGCUGGCUGUGAAGGCAACCAUGAAGCGCAUCUGCAGAUGCCACGGCAUGUCCGAGAGCUGCAGUGUCCAAACCUGCUGGACGCAGCUGUCAGAUUUCAGAGAAAUCGGGAACUACUUAAAGAUGAAGCACAGUCAAGCGCAGAAACUGGACGUCGACAAAAAGCGCAUGCGGGCUGGCAACAGCGCAGACAGCCGAGGUGCGAUCGUGGACGCGUUCGGCAGCAUUGCGCAGACGGAACUCAUCUACUUGGAGGAUUCUCCGGACUACUGCAGGAAGAACAGCAGCUUGGGUCUGUACGGCACCGAGGGCCGGGAGUGUCUGCAGCACGGAGACGGUCUAACCCAGUGGGAGAGAAGGAGCUGCCGCAGGCUGUGUCAUGAAUGCGGCCUGAGGGUGGAGGAGAUGCGCACAGAGGUGGUGAGCAGCUGCAACUGCAAAUUCCACUGGUGCUGCAAGGUGAACUGUGAGGACUGCUCUCAGGUUAUAGUCAAACACGUGUGCGCCAGGAGGGAAGCUGGAGACGGGCAUGGUUUUAGACGGAGAUACCGUGGACCUAAAUGAAAUUGAGUUUAACUGGAUCCGUUAUUAAUGUUUGCACUUUGUAUUCCCUUUUCCAUGUCUCCUUGUACAGAUACUUGAGUGUCUAUUUAAGAAUAUUCUGCUUUCUUUAAAUAAAAGUUAAAAACAAUUUAAA